UUCUACUAUACAGAUACAUACAUACAACGAUAGAAGUAGACGUUGCAUUCCUCCCUCCGAGCUCGAGAGGAAAUUAAACCACCAUCGAUCAGAGCUUCAAGCAGUAGGAUCGAUCGAUGGCGUACAGGGCGCUGGAGGUGACCCUCCUGUCGGCCAAGGACCUGAAGAACGUGAACCUGAUCACGCGCAUGGAGGUGUACGCGGUGGCGACCAUCUCCGGCGACCCCAUCACGCGGCAGUGCACCCCGCCGGACCCCCACGGGGGCCGCAACCCGACGUGGAACGCGACGCUGAGGUUCGACGUCCCGGCCACCGCCGAGGAGGCCAGGGGCGGCUGCCUCCACGUCCUCCUCCGCGCCGAGCGCAUGUUCGGCGGCGACCGGGACGUGGGCGAGGUCAUCGUGCCCCUGGCGGAGCUGCUCACCGGCGGCGGCCUCGGGGCCCCCAGCUCGCCGCGGUUCGCGUCCUACCAGGUCUGCAAGGUGCACCGCUCCGAGACGCGCGGCUCGCUCUACCUCACGUACCGCCUCGGCCCCGUCAUCCCGCCGCCGCCGCAUGCAAAACAGGCCGACGGGUGGCCGGUCGUCGGGUACCCGGCGCAGCAGGUGACGCCGCCGUCUUCGCCUGCGAAACCAGCCAUGCCGGUGUCUGUGCCGUCUUCGCCUGCAAAACCGGUCGGCCAUGGUGAAGGGCCGUUUUCGCCGGCGAAACCAGCUGCCGGCUAUGUGGACGCGCUGCCGUCUCCAAAACCUUAUGGUUACGGGUACGGGACGACGCCGCCGUCUCCAAGGCGGACGGAUCAGGUGGUGUCCAUGACAACUUCUCCAAAACCAGUCGGGCGCGUGGUGUCCAUGCCACCGUCCACGAAACCGUCCGACCAGUUCGUGUCCAUGCGUUCUUCUCCAAAACCAGUUGAGCAUGCGGUAUCCAUGCCGCCGUCUCCGUCAGCCGGGCGAGCGAUCUCCAUGCCGCCGUCGCCAAAGCCGGCGGAGGUGCCCAUGCCGCCGGCUUCUCCAAAAUCAGGCGGUGGGCAUGUGUCGUCCCCGAAAUCAGGCGGUGGGUAUGUGCCGUCACCUCUGAAACCAUCCGUUCAUGACAUGCCACCAUCUCCAAGACCUGCAGAGACGUCCAUAGCCGUGCCGUCGUCUCCAAAGCCUGCCGGCGGGCAUAAUAUAGCCAUGCCAUCGUCUCCGAAACCGUUCGGCGGGCAUGCGUCCGUGCCGCCGUCCCCAACACCGCCAUAUGAUCAGGCGGUGGGCGAACGCAUUUUUACCAUGACUAUGACCGAUGUCUACCGGUGCUCCGUUCUCCAACGAGGAGCUGCCACCAACCCUAACUAGCACCCGAGUACAUGUUUUGAAUAAAUAACAAGAGCAUGUCGAUCGGCACGCAUCACCUAAAUAUAAGUUUGACAAGGCUUCCUUAGCUUACCCUUGUAGGUAGGCAUGAUCUCUAGUACUACACUUGUGAUAGUUUGUUGACUGUACUACUAGAUUAAGAGUAAGUGUACCAUGAGGUGCUAAAAGCUAGCAGAUGUUUUAGUGGUGUUUGUAAGUCGGUUGUAAAAGCAAUAAGAGCAAUCAAGCUUAAGGCCUCUAAGAA